AUGAAGGGAGCCUAUCUUUGGUCGUUUGCUUUGGCAGCUGCUGGUACCGUGCAGGGAGAGGGAGAGGUCCCAGAUUUGCAACAAGUUCGUACAGCUUAUGACUACGAGGUCAUGACAUCUGAGUUACUCUAUACUCGUACCAUCCCAAGAUUCGUUACCUUGACCAACGAUCAAGGCAAGCCAACAGCCAGUAAGUCAUUAGUGUAUUCACCUCAAAAACAAAAUUCUAAUUGUGUAGCUAUCGUUACCAGUAGUGCUGAAGUAACCGCUGGAAAUUCCACAAAGACUUCUAGCGUACCAAAGACUACUUUGACCUACGCGGUACCCAUGACUAUAUCUCAGGUCACUUCCACUAUCGUCGAAACUAUCACAUCUUGUUCAGGCAAUCCAGGUUGCACCAAUGGUCAAGUCGUGACCAAAAUAACUGUCUCUACCACAACUUGCCCUGUUACUCAAACCGGAGAUAUCACAGUUUCGGCGACAAGCACACAAACUGUCCAUGUGAGUUCAUUUUUCUGUUUAUGAAAUCCCCUAAUUGACAUUUCGUAGCCUGUUCCAUAUCCUACUGGAUUGCCAGUAAAUUAUACCCAUCCCAAUGCAAGCGUUUCACAAAACUCCGGAGUCACUGCCACCAGCAAGCCAAUUCUCUUGCCAACUGGAUACCUCAGCAAGCCAUCGAACCACACUCCGGUCUAUAACAUUUCUUCAAGCGCCGUUUCUCAAAACUCCGGUGCGACCGCCUCUAGCAAACCAAGCUUGACCCCAUAUGGAACCGGAAUUGUCUCUAAGCCAUUGAUUCCAUCUGGUAGCAUCGUUCCAUCAGGUGGACUCAACGUCCAUACCUAUGUUGAAGGCCCAUUCUCCAACAACACUGUGACCAGCAAGCCUUCCACUACUUCCAAACAAGCUUAUAUCACCCCUCGCCCAAACUUUGUGCCAUCUGGUUCCGGAACUCCCCCUCUUGCAAGCUACCAGGCUCCUGGUCCUUAUGCCAACACCACUAAAGUUCCUAUGACCACCUCGACCGUAUACACAACCAAAAUCAGUACAAUUACCCGGUGUCCGCCUACUGUGACUAACUGCCCAGUCGGUGCCGUGACCACUCAAACAAUGUAAGCAAUCUUCUAUUCUCCUCUUGAUUCAACAAAGAGAAAAUGUAUGCUAAUUUAAUGUAGUGCUUUGUACACAACCAUCUGCCCAGUAUCUGAAGCCCAACCUGCCCCAAGCAAUAUCGUUUCAACCAAGUAUGAGGUAUCUACUCCAGCUUCUGGCGGCCCAGCUAUUACCCGUACCUCAGUAAUUACUCUCCCAUACCCGGGAGCAACUUUAGGGUCUGAAAACAGCGGUAACAAUGGCACACCAUACGGAUCACCACCAAACGGCAAUGGCGGUGUUGUUUCAACCAAAAUCCAAACAUCUACCCCAGCGGCCGGUGGUCCACCCAUUACCAUUACCUCAGUGAUUACACUCCCAUACCCAGGAGCGACUUCAGUCUCUGAGAACAGCGGUAACAAUGGCACACCAUACGGAUCACCACCAAACGAGUCAUCACCAGACCUCACAACCGUCAUCUCAGUCAGUAGUCCCCCAGGCGGAGUUCCAACAACCAUCACCUCGAUCCGCACAGCCACCAGAACCAGGUUACAGACCGUUACUGACAUCCAAACUGCUGUUAUCCCCAAACCAACCCUCGGUGGAAACCCCGAAGGAGGUGUCUGCCCUGACGUACCAGCCGUCACUGACGCCGGAGCCUUCCCAGUUAACGGUAUACCAUACAAGUCCGGUGCGAAGAUUACCAUGGAUGGAAUGGUCUACAUGAUGCCUGCCAAUGCCACUGGAAUCAUCAAGGCUCUGGGAUACGCACCUGUUGCCUCGGUAGCUGCUUCUUCUUCCCCCGCUAGAAAUUAUACUAGACCCGGGGCCACUGGUACAGGAUCCUUGAGACCUUAUGGUACUGGUUCCGUUAGAGUCGCUGGCACCGCAUCCUUGAUGCCAUAUCUCGCUAAUCCUGUUAGACCCACUGGCACCGGGACUUUGAGACCUUAUGUCACUGGUCCUGCUAGAGCUGCUGGCACCGGAUCUGGAACACCUUACUAG